AAUGGCUCAUAAUAAAAUGUCUAAGCUGAUUCAGAGAGUUUAUUUCCAUUUACUGUAUUUAUUUUUAUUAAGAUUCAUUUACUUGUUAUAAUAGUUUCAAGUCUAUCCAACGGUCCAGAUGAAAAACUCAAAUUUGACCGUUAACAUAUUUACGCUCUAUAUAAAACUCAAAUUCAACCCUUUUCUUAGCAUUCACAAUCUGUGAAAAAAAAAAUCAUAGGAAAAAAAAAGAUUAUUCAGAGAUAGAAAAAGCAAGAAAAGAAAUAAUUCAGCUGUUUCUGGGUCGAUUUUUUGAUUAACAAGAAGGCAUUGAAAUGGCUAAUAGAGACGCAGUUUCAAGAAUUUUACCCAAAGUUGUAGUAGGAGGGGGAGAGGUUAAGAAGAAGAAUGGACUAGCAGAUGGAAGAAAUAGGCGUGCUUUGGGAGAUAUUGGAAACCUCAUCACUGGUCCAGCUGUUGGAGCAAAGCCUCAAACAAAGGUUUCUCGUCCCAUCACUAGGAGGUCUGCUGCUCAGUUUAUAGCUAAGGGCCAAGAACCAGUGCAGAAGAACACGAAGAAGCCUCUUGUAGAAGCAACUAAAGGAGUAGCAGGAAGGAAAGUUGGUGUUCCAGCAAAAGCUGAAACAAUUGCUGUUAUAUGCCCUGAUGAAGAUGUGAAAAUCACCGAGGAGAUCUCCUUGAAUGAAAGAAAAGUAAAAAAGAGUGGAAAAACUCUAACCUCUAUCCUAACUGCACGAAGCAAGGCUGCUUGUGGACUCACCAACAAACCAAGAAUACAGAUUGAUGAUAUUGAUGCUGCUGAUGUCAAUAAUCACUUGGCUGCUGUUGAAUACGUUGAGGAUCUUUACAAAUUUUAUAAGCUCUCAGAGGACGAGAAUCGACCGCGUGAUUACAUGGAUUCACAGCCAGAGGUCAGUGCCAGGGUGAGAGCAGUUCUUGUGGACUGGCUGAUAGAAGUACACAAAAGGUUUGAGCUGAGGCCUGAGAGCCUAUACCUCACAGUUAACAUAAUAGACCGUUUCCUUUCAGAAGAGAGAGUCCCUAGAAGGGAACUUCAGUUAGUUUGCGUCAGCUCAAUGCUUAUCGCCAGCAAAUAUGAAGAGAUUUGGGCUCCAGAGGUUGAAGAAUUCUUAACAAUAACAGUCAAUGCUUAUGCCAGGGACCAGAUACUUUUAAUGGAGAAAGCAAUCUUGGGAAAGCUGGAGUGGUAUUUAACUGUUCCAACGCAAUACGUCUUUCUGGUUCAUUACAUUAAGGCUGCAGUUCCAUCUGAUCAGGAGAUGGAGAACAUGACAUUUUUCUUGGCUGAGCUCGGGCUGAUGAACUACACUACCGCGAUAUCCUACUGCCCAUCAAAGCUUGCAGCUUCUGCUGUUUAUGCUGCUUGUAUUACUCUCCACAAGAGCCCUCGAUGGACCGACACUCUGAAGCACCACACAGGCUACUCAGAAGACCAGCUGAUGGAAUGUGCUAAGCAAUUAGUUAGCUUCCACUCAGGUGCUGCAGAAAGCAAGCUGAAGGCAGUUUAUAUGAAGUUCUGUUGCCCAGAUAGAGGUUCUGUUGCCCUCUUCCCCGCUGCACUGCAAGAGAUGUUGAUAUAGAAAGUUGUUGAACAAAUAUUGUGAAUGUGUUAAGUCAGAUCACGUCAAACUUCUGAUAUCUGUGCCCUUUUAACAUUGUGUAUGGUUCUGUGAAUAUUUGAAUGUUAAGAGUGAUGACCGUUUUAUCCA